AUGAUGAAUUUCGAUAAUCUCUUUCGAGGUUUUAUAUUAACUCAAUCAUUUGUUCCACCUCAAGUAGCUAUAGCUCAUUUUCAACUUGUUCUACCACGUGAUCAUCGUUUUGGUGUUGAUACAAUUUCAAUAGGAAUUUGUUUUACUGGAACAGAUGAUCAUGGUUUUAGUCGACGACGGUUGCUUACUACAGUCCCAUUAAUUAAUCAAUAUCGUAUAGGUUCAAUUCUUCUUGCAAAUCCAUAUUAUGGUUUAAGAAAACCACCAGAUCAAUCUCGCUCGUCAUUAUUUUGGCCUGAUCCACUUUCUCUCUUAUCCUGUGCUUCUUGGUCAUCAAGUUCAACAGUAUUUUGUGAUGGUGUACUUUCUAAAGCCUGUCAAAUAUUUUAUGAUUAUUUACGUGAAUGA